GAAAUAACGAUCAAGAAGAACCUGUUUUCUGUUUGGUUAGUAAGGUGUAAACGUUCUUGCGAUCAACAUCUUAAGGCGAUCGGUUCAGAUUUUAAGAUUAAAAUUAAAAAGUUUUUUGAUCGAAGUUGCGUAAGUUUUCGUUUUUCGGUUUAAGUUCUAGUGUGACUUGAUUAAGCAAUAAACUGAUACGAUUUAUCAUAAAUUGAUAUCGUUUGAAUCUACAAGUGAUUGUGAUUUUAAGAAUAUUUUUUUGUUGUGGUGAAUUGUCGAAUGGCUGUUUCAACAUUAAACAUGACUCCAUACUUUCCUGGAUACCCAUUUCAAGGUCAAGGACGAAUGAACCAAUUGGGAGGAGUGUUCAUCAACGGCCGACCGCUUCCCAAUCAUACGAGACGUGAAAUCAUUCGACUGGCCGCUGACAACGUUCGACCAUGUCAGAUAUCCCGACUGUUGCGCGUUUCGCAUGGAUGUGUUUCGAAAAUUCUGAAUCGUUACCAGGAAACCGGUUCGAUUCGGCCAGGUGUUAUUGGUGGUUCGAAGCCGCGAGUGACUACACCGGAAAUUGAAAAUAAAAUUGAAGAGCUGAAGAAUAAGCAGCCGGGAAUCUUUGGCUACGAAAUAAAGGACGAACUGUUGAAGGAGGGCAUCUGCGAUAAGAACAAUGUCCCGUCGGUUAGUUCGAUUACGCGAUUGUUACGUGGCGGAAGGAGAGAAGAGAUUUCUGGCCGAAAUCAUUCAAUAAAUGGAAUUCUUGGCACAUCAUCCUGUGAAGAAGAUGACGACGAAACAGAGCUAAAUGUUUCCUUGAAGCGUAAGCAACGUCGUUCCCGAACCACUUUUACCAGCGAACAACUCGAAGCAUUAGAAGUGGCUUUUGCGCGUCAUCAAUAUCCCGAUGUUUAUACACGAGAAGAAUUGGCCCAGAAAACCAAACUUACCGAAGCUCGCGUACAAGUAUGGUUCUCGAAUCGACGGGCUCGUUUGCGUAAACAUCAGAAUGCACAUCAAUUGUCCUUCAACGCCGGCAUCGCUAAUUUUUCCACACAAUUUCCGCACUCAACACCAAUCUGUUCGAACACUGAUUAUCCAGCGUGGUCACAAUCAAACUAUUCGCUCGCAUCGAACAACCAAUCCACUCACCACGCCAACCAUAACAAUUUCCAUCAUCUUUCAUCAUCAUUGCUACCGAACAGUGCAGCCUCGCUGAGUCCACCAUCCAGUACCAUGAGUUCAUUGUCUAUGAGCCCCGUGCAAAGUUCAACAUCGAAUGGUUCGGCUAAUGUGCCCGAUAAUUCACAAUACAACUACUCUUCGUUGGAGACGAACGGCUCGCCAACGCAUCAAAUGACCUCGACAUAUGGUACAUAUCCUGGGGAGAACAAUCAAUGGCGUCCGCACGCUCAACAGAAAUCCUCCGAAUGGGAUACAUACAGCUCCUUUCUGAACAGUGGAAUGAAUCCGUAUGGUAAUCACAGUCAUGGGAUGAGUAACGAAGCGAAAUCAACAUACCCUUAUGUCAGUCAUUUGGGCUUAGAAGUAAGUCGAGUUCAUUAACACGGACAAUUUGGUGUAAUUUUUAAGUUUAAAAAUCAUUUAUGUUAAGAGUGUAACACUAACCAGCUGAUAACUAAGUUUAGUUUACUUAUAAUGUUGAUGUGAUUGUUUGUUUAAUAAACUUUUUAAACUUUUUUUUGUUGUUGAUCUAAUAAAUUUCAACAAAAUAAUUUUUCCUUAUUAACUCAACCCAAUGAAUUAUGAAAAUCUUUCCCAAUUUUGUUUUAGUUUCCUUACGAUAAUUCAUUAACGAAAAGUUUUAUUUAAUUUAAUUAAUUUUAGUUUGUAGAUUGGAAAGUAUUGUAAAAAUUUACUGGACCUAAUGAAUAAAUAAAUUAAAGAAUUCGAAAA